AUGAACGCGCAGGUAUCUUUCCUUGAUGGGACAUACACGCUGAUUCACAUCCCCCUCAGCCUUUACUCGAGCCUCCUCCAGCCUAUUCUUCGAGUACUGCUGCCGCAGUCACAAGGCGCAGGAGGCCUGCGCGACUCACCCGAGUACGAGUUACAAGGACUCACUUCUGAUGGACAGCAUGGCUUUCUUAACAUCAGUGUUACCCCUCUAGAGUGUUCGGUUGUCUGCCACACUUCGUGGGCCCAGAAUGUGUUCGAGCCAGUUCUCAAAACCCUGCCGCGCGACGUUGCGAAGAUCGUCUCCGUUUCUAAAGAAUCCUACAUGGUCCUUUCCGUCAUUAGUGCUGGACUUGAUGCAGGCGGCCGUGUCAUGGAAUUGACCUCCCCACUUGCUCUUGCUGGUAUCCCCAUCUUCUUCAUCACAACCUACUACUCGGAUUUUAUUCUGGUCCCGACAAAGGAGCGCGAGAAUGUGGUCAAAUCUCUUAUAGCCAAGGGCUUCGAACUAUCAGACAACGAAUCCAACUUUAUUACUUCUGCCGCGAAUAGCCAAAAGCAAGGUGGUGGGCUGCCAGCAUCAUCCCCACCACAUGAGGGCCUCCCGCUCAAUGUCGCUGAGCUGCAAACACGCAUUUUCGGCACACUGAAGAAGAGGAAUGUGGCCCCCAACCUCGAGGAAGCACUGGAAUUGGUGCAAUGCUCUGGCCGUGAAACGUCGCAGCUUGCAAAUUUCACUCACCAACGACCUUCGAUUAGUCGGCACGCAACUGGGAAUGGCCGCAGACCCAGCUGGGCAGACAACGUCGACACAAAAUUGUACACAUGCAUUAUUUCAGCACUUGUAUCACAGCCUCGAUUCAUGUCUGUUACUCUGGCUCAAGACGACCCACCGUCCCUGUUGCUCGACAAGAAUCUUCUCGACAUAUUUGGUGAUUCGCUUGUUGGAGACACUGACGCUUACUUGAUCCCGAUUUUCCUCGACCUCAAGAGUCUUCCUCUUGAGGCUACGGGUAUCGUAUGUGGUGUCGCUGGUAUACUGGUGCAGGAUCCACAGAUAGCUGCCAGCUCUGAGCUGUCAUAUCUCUCAACGGCGCAAGCAGGCGCUGUGAUCCUUUCUGAAGAGCAGUCCGUCAGGGCGAUGAGUAUCUUGAAACCCUUGCUGAGCGAUGAAAUUUAG